AAACAUUUCGAAUCAUUUUUAACUUGCUUAUUCAUUCAGGUUGUUCCAACGUCGUUUUAUUGUGUUAUUUAUAUCGCAGUGUUCUCUCAUCAUUUGGUAGAAUCGCAGAUUCAGCAGUUUCUAACAUUCUGACCUUAGAACGACCUUGUCAAACGACAAAUUUUUGACCGGAAUAUGCAUCAAAUAAAUUAUAGCAAAAUAGUUUAAUUUUCUCAGGAGUGUUCAAAUAGUCACAGAAAGCUCGUAGAUUUCAGCAUCAUCGCAUUAUAGAAGCACAAAAUAGUGAAAAAGUAGAUGUACGAAUCAGGAAUUACUAUCACUUUUAUUUAUCGUAACAUACAAGAAGCAGCUGUACUUUUGCAACAUUACCGUAUUGUCUCCAGCAAUUAGAAAACAGAAAGCCGCUCGUGAAUCACUUUGCUUGAACUUUUGUAAUCAACAAAACGAAGAAUAUUAUCAUGGCAACAACAGAAACAAGCCAAUCAUUUUUAUGCGGAUUCUGACUGUGUCUAUAGAAGUUAACGUGCGAGUGAAUGGAAUAAUAUCAUGAAAAUAUUAUAAAAACAGCUUUUACGAACUUUAGAUUCAUUCGAGGACUUGAUUCCUAAGCGAUCGGUCUUGUUUCUUUUCUCCUUCAAAAGUGUUUUCUGAUUUGAUCAGGUUUUAAGUUGAAAAAAAAAUAAAAUCUGAGAAUAACAAAAGCAAAAGUGAAAAAAACAAAAUAAAAAUUAAUUUGUGAGAGAAAAAAAAAUAUUUAAAAAUAAAUAAAUUAAGAUGUCGUGUUCAAAUUACCGCGACAUGCAACAUUGUCCCGACAAAAAUAUUUUUGGAUAUAAUGCUCGUAAUAAUUUUUAUCAGAAUGGUGUUGUGCAGCCUCUAUUGACAGAUUUGUAUCAAAUAACUAUGGCAUAUGCAUAUUGGAAAUCCGGCAAGAUAAACGAUCAAGCUGUUUUCGAUGUUUUCUUUCGUAAGAAUCCAUUCCAUGGUGAAUUUACUAUCUUCGCAGGAUUGGAAGAAGUUCUCAAAUUCCUUUUAAAUUUCCGUUACUCCGAUGGCGAUAUUGAGUAUUUGCGUGAAACGUUGCCCGAAGGUGUCGAGGAUGAGUUUUUUGAAUAUUUACGCAACUUGACGGCAGAAGAAGUAACACUUUAUGCGUUGGAAGAGGGAACUGUCGUUUUUCCGCGAGUUCCUUUGUUGAAGAUAGAAGGUCCUCUUAUUAUUGUUCAACUGCUUGAAACAACUUUGCUCACAUUAGUAAACUACGCUAGUCUGAUGGCAACCAAUGCCGCACGUUAUCGUAUGGUUGCUGGCAAACACAUUGAUCUUCUCGAAUUCGGAUUACGACGAGCUCAAGGUCCAGAUGGAGGAUUAUCGGCUUCGAAAUACUCGUAUAUUGGGGGAUUUGAUGGCACUUCAAAUGUAUUGGCUGGAAAACUUUUUAACAUUCCUGUCAAAGGAACACAUGCUCAUGCCUAUAUUACGUCGUUUAGCGAUUUGUCAGAGCUUAAAACAAGGAUGUUGCGUCAUAAGACCUCAGGUGUCAACUGUGAUCUACUUGAGUUAGCUUGCAAUUAUCGCAGUCAACUUUCAUCGAUUUUGGACAUUUCGACAGAGGAAUCGAGUGAAGGAGAACUCGCAGCUAUGGUUUCUUAUGCGAUUGCAUUCCCUGAUGGAUUUAUGGCAUUAGUCGACACGUAUGAUGUUAAGAGAAACAACAACAUGGAAAAUCUGAUAUCCAAAAUUUCAAAUGGAUACAAGUUAAAUGGAAUUCACAAAAAUUCAAACAAAUUGACAAAAAAUAACAAUUCAAAAGCAUACAAAGACAUGAAUGAUGGACACAUUAAAAAUCAUUCUCAAUCAUUUUACCCGUAUGACGAUUGUAUCAAUGGAAAAAUGCAAACAAAUGGCACAAGUAAUGCUUCUUCUCUUAUUACUAAUGCCUUCGAGAAUUCUUCUUCUACAACCUCUACUGUUACAUCUCCUGCAAACCUUCUGCUUAGAUCAUGUGGGAAGUCAUUAAGGAGCGGUUUGCUAAACUUUUGUGCAGUUGCAUUAGCUUUGCAUGAUCAAGGUUAUCGCCCGAUUGGAGUUCGAAUUGACUCAGGAGAUUUGGCAUAUUUGUCAUGCCUCGCAAGACAAACGUUUGAAAAGGUUGCUGAACGUUUUCGUCUCCCAUGGUUUUCGAAACUAACUAUUGUGGCAUCAAAUGACAUAAAUGAAGACACUAUUUUGUCACUCAAUGAGCAAGGACAUAAAAUUGAUUGUUUUGGUAUAGGAACCCAUUUAGUAACUUGUCAACGUCAGCCAGCUCUUGGUUGUGUCUAUAAGCUCGUUGAAAUCAACGAACAACCGCGAAUCAAACUUAGUCAAGAUGUUGAGAAAGUUACAAUGCCCGGAAAUAAAGAAUGUUUCCGUUUAUAUGGAUCAGAUGGACAUGCUCUCAUUGAUUUGCUUCAACGUAAAGGCGAACCUAUUCCGAAAGUUGGGCAAAAAGUUUUGUGUCGUCAUCCAUUCCAAGAAUCAAAACGUGCAUAUGUAACGCCUGCACGUGUCGAACCACUCUUGAAGGUAUUUUGGCAAAAUGGAAGAGUCAUGCAAAAAAUGGUACCUUUGGAUCAAGUAAAAGAACGUGUUCAACAAUCACUCAAAACGUUAAGACAAGAUCAUAAACGAACUCUCAAUCCGACACCAUACAAAGUUGCUGUUAGCGAUAAUUUGUAUAACUUUAUCCACGAUUUGUGGCUUCAGAAUGCACCCAUUGGCGAACUCUCGUGAUAAACGGGGACAGCUGGUAGUUGCUUCGUUUAUUAUUUAUACUUUUGUUUCGCACACACUCAAUUUCGUACACGCCGCAAUAAAUAUAGUAGCUGUCACAAACACUCACAAAAAUAUUGUUUCAUAAUUAGAAAGACUCUUAUAAAGAAAAACUUUAAUAUCUUGUAGUAUCAAAAAAUUUGAUAAAAAAAUCUAUAAAACUAUUGAUCCUUAUUAUAAUUUAAUUAAAAUGAAACAAAAAAUAAAAAUGCUUAAAAAGUUUAAUGUAAGAUUUCAUGUGGUAGAAAGUCACUCAGUGACAAAAAAAUAUAAGAUUGGUUUUCAAUUUAUGUUGAUUUAAGUUGAGUACUUAUUCAAAAAAAAAAAAAAAAAAUCAUAGCAAAAAGUAAAGAUUAUAGGAGUGCCUUACAUGUUACAAAAAGUAAAAUAAAACAAACUUGUAGAGACACAAAAUAUAUAGUUUGGCACGCUUUAGUUUAAUUAUUUAUUCUUUAACCAAGCAAAGUAAACAACAGAUUUUUUAAGAAAUCUAUUAGGCAUCAGAAUAAAAUUCGCGUGUAAAUGGCGCUAAUAGCUUUUAGAUUUGUGAUUAUUGAU